AUGGAACAACAGCCAGCUUUCUCGGCCGUGUCGACGUCGAUCCGUCAGCUGCACCAUAUCCUGCGGUCCAUAUCAUUUGCACCAAAGGCCGAGGUUCGGAUAUCGAAAGAUGGCAUACGGUUUUGUGUCGACGAAGCCAGAGUCAUACAGGGCAUCACUUUCCUCGACAAGAGUCUCUUCACAAGCUACGACUUCAAUGAAGAAGAGUUGACCGAGCUUCCGCCUUUUGAGGUCUCGAUGCCCGCAAUCUUGGAGACACUGCAGAUCUUUGGUCUUUCCGAGGUGAGCGCGCGAAGGGAAGGUGGAGGAUUCUCAUCGUCAGCAACAAAUGCAUUUACCACACCAGCACUAGCGCUAGCGGGGUCAUGCCGACUCUCAUACGCAGCCGAUGGUGCGCCUUUGAGCAUAACCAUCAUCGAAGGUCCCACCACCACAACUGCUGAAUUGAACACAUACUCGGUAAACACAGAGUACAGCGACGACGGAAUGAUUCCCCUGGAUCGGGACUCUCUCUAUCUAAAGACAAUAAUGCCUAGCUCGAUCCUGUCCGAUGCUAUUUCAGAGCUGUCUGGCACAAAUCCCGACGUACUUCUUCUCAACGUUUCUGCAACAUCCGCACCAUUGCUGUCAUUCGAAGGACAGGGCGGUCCAUUAGGUGAUGUGGUCGUCGAUUAUCUCGUUGAGGCCAAGAACGAGCCUGGACUUCCGUCAAAGAAGAAACAGCCGUCUGUCACCGAGACGUUCGCAGUCAAAACCGGGGAAGGCACUCCUGCUAGAAUCAAAACCAGGUAUAAGUUCGAUCUUAUCAAAAAGGCUGGUCGGGCGAUGCAAUUGGCGAAUAAAGUCUCGCUGAGACAGGAUUCACAGGGUGUGCUCAGUCUGCAGUUUCUCGUGGACACCAGUAGGGGCUUCUCUGGUAGCACGCAAGCUGUCGGUCGAAGUGAGCCUCUCUUCAUCGAUUUCAGAUUCCUGCCGUUGGUAGACGAGGAUAGUGAAGAUGAUGCUAGUGACGAAGCAGAUGACGAUGAGAACAGCGAGUUGUGA